AUGCGCUUUUCCACAACAAACAGAUUGGAAGAACAUGUUCGGCUUGAGCACAUAAAACCUCCUAAACCAGGGCGUAAUCCGAUAUUAUACUGCCCACGUUUUGACGAGCAACUGUUGAAGUGUGUUCGCAUGAUGAACAAGCAUAAUUUCGAAGUCACCUUCACUCCGAUCGACUGCAACGCUGAUGUGAGAGGAGCUCAGCGAAGAAAACGUUUCCAUCGCCAUGCUUACCGUAUACAGCCUACCAGUUCACUGCCUCCAAAGUUAGCAAGACAGGAUGAUAAUGUAGUCAGUAGUCAAAGCAUUCGAGAUAAAAUGACUUCGUUCUGCAACACCUUUUUUGAUGUAUCCUCUUCAAAUGAUGCUAUGAACAAUAGGAGAAAAAUUCGUAUUGAGAAGAUUGCUCCGUGA